CGAUAACCAUAUAAAGCUGGGAAAAUGAUCUUUGGAAUUUUCCUACAACGUAAUGUUCGCUUAACCAAAGUUCAUUGAAGCGAUUGAUGAAUUUCGCCAUAAAUUUGUGUAAUUUUACUGAAUCGUUAUUAAUACUGAACAUUCGAAUAAUUCCAUUUGAGUUUAGAAUUAGCGGUUGAGGAAGGUGAAUUGUUGACAAAUCUCCAUUACAGAUAGUAAAACGAUGAUGAAAUUGACAUUGGAUAGUGUUUCAGAGAUAAAUUGUCAGAAUAAUUCUAAUUGCACCUUUGAUCAUUAUACAGAACUACUUGUUCUCAGUGGUGUCAUAUUAACAUUUAUAGGUUUAUUUAUUGGAUUAGCAAUCAUAUUGAUUAAGAAACUACAUUCCACAUCCAUAAUGAACACUGUCUUCAUGGUUAUAACGUAUAUUGUACUAGGUGUAUCCUGGAUUUGUUGGUGCUGUGCAAUGUUGAUUGUGAUUGUAGACGCAGCAUAUUAUUUGGAUAGAUCCAGUGAAGAAGAACGGUCGCAUGUUAUGUACAUUCUUUUCUUAUGGUCUUAUGAAUACAUCGCCCUAAUUGUCGUUUCACAGUUUUGUUUAAAUUCAUUCAUCGAUUGUCAUCCGUGCAAUAAGACAAUGAAUAACACAAUGAUUGGACAUUAUGAAUAGAUGCUAUUCCAUUGAAUGUUGUUAUAUGUUUGAAGAUUAUUGUAAAUGGCUUUGUUAUUUAUAAUAGAUGUUCUGUUAAAUAGA